UUUCCCCCAAAAAUUUUCAAGAUUUUUUCAUUGUUUUUUAUACUUUACUACUACUGUGCACUACUAAUACUCUAUUUGUCCAACAAAAAACAUUUACACAUAUAUACCGCACAUCAUCGCUUUAUAGAUUUUCAUUUCCCAAUCAACUACAAUGUCUACCGGUCCCUCGCCCCUGUUUAUGCCUCUGCAAGCGUCUCCACGCCUGGUCGCGCAGAUGACCGGGCUGAGCCUGAGCCAAAGCCAGCUCGAAGUAUCGCAGCAGCACAACCUCAAACGCAUGCUACGGCGCAUCCGCGCGUCGCGCCAAAAGACCAUUACCACGUCCCCGCGCAUCAUCCGCCGCUCAAGCACACGCCGCCGCAUGCCCUCCAUCAGCCUCCCUUCCUCCGCCAUACCGGCCGCCACAGCCAACAAGCCUGCCGUGGACCAGGACAAUAGCAGCGAGUGGAGCGACGACAGAGAAGACGACGAUGACGCGGCAUUGCGCCAGAUGGAUAUCUCCAUGGAUAUCUCGGACAACCCGCCAGCAGACGUAUUGAGCGAGCGCAUCGCCACCUUGUUCAACCAGGUGUUUGCACCGCAUGAGGAGAUCCAUGGGGAACACGUGCGCGCGAGCCGACUGAGCGGCGCAAUGACCAACUGCGUGUACAUGGUUGAGAUUAUCCCGGCGCCCACCCUGGCCUCCUCAUCCACCAGCGCGCAUGUGCGCCGGUGGACCCGGAACAAGCCGCAAGAAGGUCCUGUGCAAUUGCCUGCCAAGUACCUUCUGCGGGUGUACGGUGCGGGCGUGGACGAGUUCUUGUCGCGCGAAAAGGAGCUCUACUGGCUGGCGCAAUUGACAUCCUUGGGGUUCGGGCCCAGGCUCUAUGGAAUUUUCGGCAACGGCCGCCUGGAGGACAAGCAAAUCGCCCGCAGAAUGUGCGAGCUCCAUAGCCUGGUCAGCUACUACCGGCCAUUCGAUUCGCGUGGCCAUCAUCACAGGCAGCAGCAACAGCAGCGGCCUGGCAUUGAUCUCAUGCAUGCAAAAUGGGACCGCGUCCUCCAAGCCUGCUCGCGCAACCCACAGUGCCUCGACAUUCUCGAGCACUGGACCCGCGUACAGCAAGUCGCUGCCACCCUGCGCCAGCUAACGGAGGCCCGAGGCUUCCCCAUAGUAUUCGCCCACGACGACCUCCAAUACGGCAAUAUCCUGCGCCUGCGCGACACCGGCGAGCUUGUUGUUGUCGAUUUUGAGUAUGCCGGAUACAACUACCGCGGCUUUGACAUUGCCAAUCACUUCUGCGAAUGGAUGGCAGACUACCACCAUGUGAAGCACCCGCAUUUGCUUAAUGAGAGUGCGUAUCCGGAUAAGAACCAGCGCGAGGGAUUUUUGCGCACGUAUGUUAAGGCCAAGGCCUUCUUGGACGCCAACAUGAAGGCUGAUGUUGGGCUGGUUGAGAGCGACGAUGUGAGGCAUAUUGAGCUGAGAGAGAUUAAACUGGGCGACGCGAGAAUUGCUGAGGAGGUUGCUAGGCUGGAGGAUGAGGUCGCGUUGUUUGUGCCUGCGUCCCACUUGCAUUGGGGUGUUUGGGGCCUGCUGCAGGCUUGCUCCAGUGACAUCGACUUUGAUUAUGUCGCAUAUGCUACCCAGCGCCUAUCCAUAUUCCUCAGGCUUGUCUCGCAGAUGAAAAAAUAAAUAUUAAAAAAAUGUAUAGAAUGAUAUCGGGGGGUUUUUUUGUUAUUAAAACCCAGUGAAAGAAAAAUUAGUUGUGAACGAAAGUGAAAAAAGUAAGAGGAGUGUGAUAAAAAAAUACACCUCCAAGCACACAAAGAGAAGAAAAGAAAAAAGAGAAGAAAAAAAUUUAGAGAUUGUGUUAUUGUUUUUUGCUAAACCACGAAGUGAUCCGGGUGCCCAGGCUCUUAAACACUCCAGUUCUUGACCCAGCACCAUUAAUCCGCGAUGCCGACGAUACAGCGGAAAACACCGACCUCGGCGACAGCCCGCCCAACCUCGUGGCCUCCUCCUUGGUCUUCUGAUGUUUCGUAACCAGCAUUGACUCGGACACAGAGUCAAACGUCGGUUUAAUUACCGUUGACCCAGGCGAAUGCGCAUCCAUAUGCAGACACUUGGCACUCGCA